CAUCAUCCACCCCACUAUAGACACCAAUACACAUCAUCCACCCCCUCUAUAGACACCAAUACACAUCAUCCACCGCCCCCCCAUAGACACCAAUACACAUCAUCCACCCCCUCUAUAGACACCAAUACACAUCAUCCACCCCCUCUAUAGACACCAAUACACAUCAUCCACCCCCUCUAUAGACACCAAUACACAUUAUCCAUAGCCUCUAUAGGCUAUUGUUGCUGUAAUCCCUGUCUUGUCAGAGAAAAUGCAGUGUUUACAUUAUAGCCUAGGAAUACCUCCAAGUGGCCACUCCUCACAUGGCUGCUAGAGGUGCUUCCUGGGGCAGUGCUGCACAGUGUGACUGACAUUCAGUGUCUCCUCCCUCUGCAUGCAGACACUGAACUUUCCUCAUAGAGAUUCAUUGAUUCAAUGUAUCUCUAUGAGGAGAUGCUGAUUGGCCAGGGCUGUGUUUGAAUCAUGCUGGCUCUGCCCCUGAUCUGCCUCCUUGUCAGUCUCAGCCAAUCCUAUGGGGAAGCAUUGUGGACUAGAUGGUGGUUUUAACACUAUAGGGUCAGGAAUAUGUUUGUGUUCCUUUAAUAAUAUGAGGCUAAGCUGUAUAAUUAUAAUGUGUAAUAAUUAUUGUUCCAUUAUGUCCAUUUUCAGGUUUGUUUUGCCAACUGUAAAUGUGCCUGUUAGACAUCUUACUGAAAAAGCAGAGGAAGGAGAGAUCCGCUUGGCAGAGAGCGCAGUGACGGUUUGUAAUUGUUGUUUUUAGUCUACAUACUUUGUAUGAAAUAAUGUGCGUAAAUAUACAAUCAGCGUGAUAUAUAUACACACCGUGUGCUUUAGAUCUGGAUAUAAUACCACACAGCCCUGAGCUUCCUACAUGUUCGUCAUCUCUGUAUGUACUCCAGAAACCAACUUAACAUUUUUGCAUUCUCUAACUGAUAAACUUACUGUAUUUUUAGAUUUCAAAGGAUGCAUUUUAUCUUUAUUUAACUUUUAAAGAUUAAUGGGACACUGUAUGACAGGGCUUUACAAUUUUACUUUGAAUCGACGAGCUAAAAACUACAAAGCUUUGGUUAUAAUGACAAAAAAAAUAAAAAUUUUACCGGGACACUAUAGUCACCAGAACUACUGCAGCUUAAUGUAGUGGUUCCGGUGUCUAUAGCCUUUCUCUGUAGGCUUUUCAAUGUAAUCACUGUGUUUUCAGUGAAAAUGCAGUGUUUACAUUACUGCCUAGUAACACCUCUAGUGACGGCCACUAGGGGUGCUUCCUAGUCCAGUGCUACCUACAUUCAGUGUCUCCACAUUCUGCAUGGAGAUGCUGAAUGUUUACUAUAGUGAUGCAUCUCUACGAGGCAAUGCUGAAUAGAACAGCACUAUGUUUUGCCGCGCAUGCGCAAUAGCAUUCCAGCAAGGCCCGCUGAUCCAAGUCCGGCACAGCGUGGGAAAAAAUGUGAGUAAAAACACUUUUCUCAUGUGAUUGGAGGAGGUCCAGUCACCUAAACAGACCCAGACACCGACAGACUAACAAAUACACACACUCACAGACAUACACACAUACUCACUGACAGACACACUUAUACUGACGCACAUAAUGCCAGGGGACUUCAGACACUAUAACCACUUCAAUGACAAGACAUGGUUAAACAGCAAAUGGAGGGACAGCGCUACGGGACUCCAGGCACUAUAACCACGUCAAUGAAAUUGUGUGGUUAUAGUGUGUACAUUGUCCAAUUUAAUGAGAAGCUUUAGAUGGAGUUUGUCAUGGUUUGUGAAGAGACUGGCGACCCUUUGGUGGUUAGUGUAGGGAUUUAGGACUUAUUCAUAUAUUCUUUGAAUUUAUUAUAUGUUUUUUUUUUUUUUUUAACAGAGCUUCCUAUUACUUAAUAUUAUGAAACUUCAUCCAGUGCUCAUGUGUGAUGAUAUUUUUCUCUAAACAGAGGCUUCGAGAGGUCACAAAGGAUUCAGAAUUUCUUCGCCUGCAAGUGGAGAGUGGCGGCUGCUCUGGAUUCCAGUAUCGAUUCUCCUUGGAUUCGGCAAUAAAUGAAGAUGACAAGUGAGAGCAAAAUAGGAGAGUGGGGGUGGUGCGUUGCUUAGGGCAAGCGCAGAUGUUAAAAAUGGUGGCUUUUAAAUAACUAUAACCAUUUAUACAAUUGUUCUUUUAUGCUCCAAAACAUGGCAGGACACAAAGCCAGAGAGAGGAGAAUGAGCUUUCACACCAAACACAAUGAAAUUAUAAAGCAACAACAGAGCAGCUCAGAGAGGACCAAGUGUGACCGUGCAUGGCUCAGUACAAAGAAAUAUUGUGAGAUUUAGGGCCUGGACGAUCCCUCAUAUUAAACUCUAAUCCCAACCCCUGAGUCUAGGCAGAGCGAAAUAGAGCAAAGCCAGGAUGAGAGCUGGGAUGUUCUGUGACAAUAUGUCUUACUCUACACUUACAUCCUGUGAACCCCGAUAUCACCAGACCAGCAGUGUAUUAAAUAAAAGAGGAGGAUUCACAUAUAAAUCUGAUCUAUUGUAUAUCUUUGCUUUCGUUUUGCGCUUGGCUUGAAAUGUCAAACGUUAUUGGAGGCUGUCUGACUCCCUACUGUUUGUAAUGACAGAAAAUGUACAGAUGCAGAGAGAAUUCUGGGUAGUAAACCCAUUUAAAGGAGCAGAGGGUUUAAUAGGCAGAAUGUGGUUGUGGGUGUCAGUGGUUUAUGCCUCUAUAACUCUUUGCAGGGUGUUUGGGGAGACCGGUGCCCGUGUGGUGGUAGAUGUGCAGAGCCUGGAGCUGGUGAGAGGCAGUACGGUGGAGUAUUGCACAGAACUGAUUAGAAGUUCCUUCCAGCUGGUUCACAACCCACAAGCCGCACAGGGGUGCUCCUGUGGGGCGUCCUUCUCAAUCAAACUGUGACUGAUUGGCUCCCACCAAGUUACACUCUUCAAUGCAAAACUGUGUAUAUUUUUGUAUGUAAAUAAAGAGUAUUAAUCCUGA